AUGGCGCUGGGGACUCUUCUGCUUCUUCUCUUUGCGUUUGCUUUGUCUCUGCCUCAGAAAUGGACUGCUCCUCACUCCCUGAAGUAUUUCCACACUGCCCUCUCCCCGCCUGGCCGCGGGAAGCCCCGCAUCAUCAUCGUCGGCUACGUGGACGACACCCAGUUCGUGCGCUUCGACAGCGACUCGGAGAACCCGAGGAUGGAGCCGCGCGCGCCCUGGAAGGAGCAGGAGGGACCCGAAUACUGGGAGCUGGUAACACAGAGCGCCAAGAACAAAGCAAAGAACAUCCAAGAGAGUCUAAUAACUCUGCGCCACUACUACAACCAGAGCGAGGAUGGGUUUCACACCUUCCAGUGGAUGUAUGGUUGCGACGUGGGGCCGGACGGGCGCCUCCUGCGCGGCUACGAUCAGUCUGCCUACGAUGGCGCCGAUUACCUCGCCCUCAACGAGGACCUGCGCUCCUGGACCGCGGCAGACACGGCGGCUCAGAUCACCCAGCAAAAAUUUCAGAAAAAUAGAGUAGCUGAAGGGAAGAGAAAGUAUCUGGAGCUGUACUGCACGCAGACUCUCUUUGACCUGAUGAGAGGGAAGAAAAUGCUACGCUCAGAGCCCCCCAGACAACACAUAACCCACCACCCCUUCUCUGACCAUGAGGUUACCCUGAGGUGCUGGGCUCUAGGCUUUUACCCUGCGGAGAUUUCCCUGACCUGGCAGUGUGAUGGAGAGGAACUGGCCCAGGACACAGAGCUGGUGGAGACCAGGCCUUCAGGGGACGGAACCUUCCAGAAGUGGGCAGCUGUGGUGGUGCCUUCUGGAGAGGAGCAGAGAUACACGUGCCAUGUGCAGCACCAGGGGCUGCCGGAGCCUGACAUCCUCAGAUGGGAGCCCCCUCCUCAGUCUACCAUCCCCACUAUGGGUAUCAUUAUUGCCCUGGUUGUCCUUGCAACUAUAAUCAUUGGAGCUGGAAUGGCAGCUGUGAUCUGCAGAAGGAAGCACUCAGGUGACAAAGGAGGACAGUACACUCAGGAUGCAAACAGCAACAGUGCCCAGGGCUCUGAUGAGUCUCUCAUGAACCCUACAGUGUGAGGGAGUUGCCCUGCAUGGGGAUGAAGGAUGCAAGAUUUCCUCACACUUCCACCCACCAGACCCUACCCCACACUGACCUCUGUUCUCUUUCCUGGUACCCUGAUCUGUUCUGUCACAUUCAGAGAUAGGACAAUGCUGUAUUCAUCUGUGUUAUGUUUUUUUCUUGAAUAAUAUUCCUUUCCUGUUGGAAUAAGCACCUAAUUUGCAUUUUUCCAAAUUCCUGUUUGUAAAAUUUAGAGGUUAAUAAAGGAGAUCCAUGAAAUUUAAUAUGGAAUAAUUGGAAAUUCUGAAAUCUU